UCACGUCGCUACGCACGCCACUACUAUUGGAUGAGGGGAUGGCGUGCGCAACGACGUGAUGACGACGAAGGAGAUCGCCGGCGAUGCAGGGGAUACCGAAGAGGACCUUUCCGGAGCCCCAAGGACAGUGACCACAGAGAAUACUACAGCAUGAUGGGGAGGAACAUGAUCCUGCUGUUUCUUCUGAGCUGGCCAUGCUUGGUCCUCAUUCCUGAGGCCACUCACCUGAACAUACCUGAGAAACUUCACCACAAGGUGCAGCAUGGACACUGCAGCUACACCUUCCUCCUCCCCGAGAUUGACAACUGCCACUCACCCCCGGCGGACUACCAGGUGUCCAACUCCUUGCAAAGAGAUGCACCUGCCCCGGAUGACCACCAGUGGCCUAUCAACAGGAUACGGGACCUUGAGAAUAUCAUGGAGAACAACACACAAUGGCUGUUAAAGCUGGAAAGCUACAUCCAGGAUAAUGUCAAAAGUGAGAUGGCAUCUUCCCAUCUAUCAACUGAGCAGAACGAUUCAAACACCAUGAUGGAUAUUGGAACAAAUUUAAUAACACAAACAGCAGAACAAACACGUAAGCUGGCUGAAGUGGAAACCCAGGUCCUUAACCAAACAAAUAGGCUAGAAAUCCAAUUAAUGGAAAACUCAAUAUCCACUAACAAGUUGGAAAAAGCUUUGCUACUGCAGAGCCAAGACAUCAGUAAUUUACGUGAAAAGAACAGUUUUCUAGAAAAUAAAGUUUUGCAGAUGGAAGAGAAACACCAGGAGGAAAUAGAAGUACUGAAAGCUGAGAAACUUCAUGUAGAUGAGUUACUUUCCAAGCAGAGUGAACUCAUUGAAGAACUGGGAGAACAACUCCUAGAAGCAACGCACAACAACAGCAUGCUACAGAGACAGCAGGCAUACAUCAUGGAGACCGUGGGCCAACUUACCAACCUGAUUUCACAAUACAACCAUAUUCCAGACGUACCAAAUGAGGAGCAAUUGAGUUUCCGAGACUGUGCAGAUGCUUAUAAAGCUGGUCUGACAACCAGUGGAGUCUACACUUUGCAUUUCUCAAACUCUACAGAAUCAGUUAAGGCAUUUUGUGAUAUGGAUACUAGUGGAGGAGGAUGGACGGUCAUUCAGCAUCGCAGAGAUGGAUCAAUGGAUUUCCACCGGAACUGGAAGGAAUACAAAGAAGGUUUUGGAUCACCAACUGGUGAAUAUUGGUUGGGCAAUGAAUUUGUUUACCAAUUAACAUCUCAAGGUUCACACAUGCUGAGGAUCCAGCUACAGGACUGGGAUGGCAAUGAAGCUUACUCCCUAUAUGAUGUCUUCUCUUUAAGUAGUGAGGAAAAUAAUUACAGGCUAAAUGUAAAAGGUUACAGUGGGACUGCAGGGCGGACAAGCAGUUUUGCUCCCUCAGGGACAAACUUCAGCACCAAGGAUGUAGAUAACGAUGGGUGCAGCUGCAAAUGUGCUCAGUACGCAACAGGAGGUUGGUGGUUUGAUGCCUGUGGUCCAUCCAACUUAAAUGGUGUCUAUUACAAAAGUGGAUCUGGUCCACCUAAGUAUAAUAGUAUCAAAUGGCAUUAUUGGAAGGGACCCAGCCAUGGCCUGAAAUCUGUCUCCAUGCUGAUCCGUCCUACAGACUACUGAACUGGUUGUCACUUUGAGCUUAAAAUUUUGGCUUAUACCUAUUUUUUCGGAAAUUGAAAAUGAACAGUUCCAGUAACGGCCAUGUAUUGAUGACUAUACCAUGGAGUCUGAAAAGUGUCUUCUUAUCAUCAGUGGUGGACCUAGAUAUGGAAAAGCCUGAGCUAUAUGUUUUGUAUCUGGGUUGUCAAAGGAAACAUUUUUUUUUUCCUUCUUAUCUACGGAAAACUAGCAACAGUAACCCCUUCUUUUCUUUACUGAGAGUGGUAUGAAAUACAAAUGAUACGUCUCUCAAAUGAUUUACCGCUGCCAGUCCACAACUUUGAAAUCAACCUAUGUGCCUGGAGUCAAAUAUCAUGCCAGACGUGCCUCUUGGUUCUACAUAAACUGGAGUUCUCUCCCACUUGUAAUCUUUACUCUGGAAUGAAUAUUUUAGAGCCACAACAGACUAGAAACUUUGAUUCUCUAGUUCUUUAAUUCUUUGGUUCUCUAUUCUUAUGAUAAUUUAUAAUAUUCAAGAUGAUAACAGAUGAAGAUACAUUCAGAUUCAUUUUUUCCAGUGACCUUUUCACCUAAUACAGGGAUCAAAUUCAUGUGAAGAUCUUCAUUUUUAUUUGCUUGUAUAUGUAAUAGAAAUAUACUAUUGCAUGGAUGCUUUCUUACUAGAAGAACCACAGUAUAACUAGAAUUGUAUCUAUGAUAUUAAAAUGUACCUAUCAUUUCAGGUCCAAAUGAAAUCGAUGUAUUAUAAUAGUAGCAGCCACAUUUAUGGUGAAUUUGGGGGAAUUAGAGCUUGUGCAUCGAAAAGUAACUUAUCCCCUAUCCACAGGAUAGGGGAUAAGUAGCUGAUCGCGGAGGUAAGACUGCUGAGAAAACCUGUGAUCUCCUGCAUGGCGUUCUGGCUUUCCCCAUGAACAGAGUGGGGUUUGGCAUGCACCCUUCAUGCAUCUCCACGCUGUACUUGUGUAUUUCCAGCUUUCCCCCUGCUCCAUUCAUGGGGAAAGCCAAAGCGCCAUGCAGGAGAUUGAGGGGGGGAAUCCCAGCAGUCUGACUUACACCCCCCUCUCCCUCCCCCCACCCUGCAAUUAGCUACUUAGCACCUAUCCCCCCUAUAGGGGAAAAGUUAGUUUUUGCUGGCACAAAUCCUUUAGAGGGGUUAUCCAGGAUUAGAAAAACAGAUCUAAUUUCUUUCAAAAAUAGCUCCUUGUCUCUCUCCAGGUUGGAUGUGGUUUUACAGCUUGGCUCCAUUCGUUUCAAUGGAACUGAGCUGCAGAACCACACCCAACCUGGAGACAGACAGGGAGUGGUUUUGAAAGAAAGUAGCAGUGUUUUUCUAUUCCUGAAUAACCCCUUUAAUGCCAAGCAAGAUUAUUUAGGUAUUUAUGCUUGUACAUGUUUGUUUGAUAUUUGCAACUAGAAUAAUUUUUCUUACAAGUUUGAUGUGCACAGAAUAUUUGCUGUUGUGUCUUUUGUGCCUAUCUGUGUAGGUAUUUGAUAUUUUUGUUGUAUUAUGUUUUCAUUAAUUACUGUUCUAUUAAAUAAUAUACAAAGUCCCCAGGAUUUAUCUGGCACUUUCUUAGCGUAUCUCAGCAAUAGCAAAAAUUAUUUUUUUAACUAAUUUUUUAAUUAGUAAUUGUGUUAAUUAUUACUAGGACUUGUACUAUUACUAGUACAAUGGAUGUUGUCAAAU